GCCGAGGCCCCGCCCCCCCUGAGCCGAGGCCCCGCCCCCCCGCGCGCCGCCCGCUCCCGGCGUGUCGCGGCCGCAGCAGCGGAGCCGCGUCGCCCCGCGCCCAUGGAGCUGCUGUGCGUGGAGCCCGCGGCUCGAGUCCCCCGCGCCGGGCGCGACCCGCAGCUGCUGGGGGACCGGCGGGUGCUGCAGAACCUGCUGAGCCAGGAGGAGCGCUACAGCCCCCGCGUGUCCUACUUCCAGUGCGUGCAGCGCGAGAUCAAGCCCUACAUGAGGAAAAUGGUGGCCACUUGGAUGCUGGAGGUGUGUGAGGAGCAGAAAUGUGAGGAGGAGGUGUUCCCCUUGGCCAUGAAUUACGUGGAUCGCUACCUGUCUUCUGUCCCUGUGCGGAAGAAUCACCUGCAACUUCUGGGUGCAGUGUGCAUGCUGCUGGCUUCCAAGCUGCGGGAAACCAUGCCCCUUACAGUGGAGAAGCUCUGCAUCUACACAGAAAACUCCAUCACGCCUCAGCAGCUCCUGGACUGGGAAAUUCUGGUCUUGGAGAAGUUAAAGUGGGACCUGGUCUCAGUGAUAGCAAACGAUUUCUUGGCUCACAUCCUCUAUCACCUCGCGCUUCCUAAGGACAAGAUGGAGCUGGUGAAGAAGCACGCACAGACCUUCAUUGCCCUGUGUGCCACAGACUACACGUUUGCCAUGUACCCCCCCUCCAUGAUCGCAACGGGCAGCAUCAGCGCGGCAGUGCACGGCCUGAGCAUCUCCGUGAAUGGCUUUGGUGGGGAGGCAGUCACCGAGCUGCUGGCCGGCAUCACUGGCACAGAGGUGGACUGCCUGAAGGCUUGUCAGGAGCAGAUUGAGGCCGCCCUAGCCGAGAGCCUGAAGCAGGCAUCCCAAAGUCAACAGGAAUAUAGCACCACCAAGACUGCUGCUUACCCGGCCAGCCAGCCCACCAGCACCCCCACAGAUGUCACGGACAUCAACCUGUGACUGCCUGCCCCUGCCUGAGAGCUGCCCAUCCCCACAACAGCAGGACCCAGCCCCGGGCACCCAGAGCUCACUGCGUCCCCCCAGCCCAUCUGAGAGCCCCUGUGCCUGAAGCCUGCUUUGGGGAUUCACUCUUCCUGCUGGCUGUGUGAGGACAGCUCCACACUCAUCCUUCUCUCCUCCUCCAGCACCAUGGGGGGAAGGGGAGGGGAGAGCCAGGGUGAGGGCUGUGGUGAUGCAGUGGGGCUCACUGCUGCUUGGACUCUGCUCGCUGGCUGCUGGGGGUGUCAGGGGUGAGCUGGUCUUUCUGUUGGGGGGGGGGGUGUUGCAGAAGAGCUGGGGAGGGUCGCAGAUUCCAAAAGGAAAUGGUAAAAUGUUUCUGUUUGCUUUCUUUGUUGCCUGGAUGGCAGAUGUCUGCUGUGCUCAGGUGUGUUUACUGCUGCAAUGACUCCCAGCUCUGCAUGGGCCACCAGUUGUGCACAGCCAGCUCUCACCUGGCUUACGUGACCAAAAUAUCCACGACCCCCUUGUUGAGCACAGGGCAGGUGCUCGUGGGUCCUGGGUCUGCGCUGCGAUGGAUGGCUGUGGCUGCAGGGUAGUGUGACUGCUUCUGCUUGGAGAGACGUGUGUGCCUUGUUUCUUGUUGCCAUUAGGUCUGGGAUUUGCGGGUUCUUGGCUUUGCUUGGGAGAAGUUCUCCCUUUUUUGCAUGGAUGGCAGAGAAGUGCUCAUCCUGGGGACAUCCCUGGGGAGACGCGUGGGCGCAGCGUGACACUGCAGCGCUGACCCAUGCAAAGUGCUUUGGCUUUCUGCUGCCCCACUGAGGCUGCUUAAUUUAUUGUUAAGUGCUAUGAAAAGGGGAGGGAGGAAGGCUGCAGCUCCGUGCGGUGGGGCCUGGAUGCUGCUCUUCUCUCCUUCCUAAAGUGCCUUUAUCCUCUGUCCCCUUCCUUCGCUCCCUGGGCAAUGGGAGACUCUCACUUGAAGCUGGUUGGCUGCAGGUAGCUCAGAUGUCAGUUUAGAUUUAGAGAAAAAAGAAAAAAAGAAAAAAAAUCACUGAAUGUGCUGCUAUGGUCUGAAAUGCAUCUUCACUCCUCCAAGGCAGGGAUCACAUCGUGUCGGGGGGGCUGUUCUGCAUCAGUACCCGAAUGGCUCGAGUUGUGUCCUCACAGGGUAGAAAACUCGCUGCGCACUUGAGCUGAAAAGUGAUGGCAAAGUGACAAAGUGAUGAUGGCAUUUUGUUGUUCUUGUUGAUCCUGUCUGUUCAUUUUACAGAAAAAAAGGAAAAAAAAAAAAAAAAGUGUUUUUUAAAGAAAAAAAAAAACCAUUCUAUAAUGCUGCUUUCCUAAGAGAGAACCAAUACAUUGUAGACUCAUAUUAACCAGGAAUAGCCAGAGAGCCGCUGCUGGGGGUGUCCCUGCACACAGAGCAGCUGCUGAACUGCUCCUGGGGGGGAACCUGCUCUGGGUGCCACCAGAAACAAGUUUAUCAGGUGGAAAAAGCUGGGGCUGCUGUGCUCUCACCGCCGAUGAAUUGCGAGGAGCGUCUGUACAAACAGAUUUUUUUAUAUAUAUAUAUAUGAGUGAGUUUUAAUUUAAGAGUAAUCUGUUGUGGUGUUCACAUGCAAGUCCUGCUGCUGGGAAAGUUGGAGUACCGUGUAAUGUUGCAAUAAAGUAUUUUAAAGGAG